ACGCUCUGGAGUCUAGAGUCCAGCGUCUAGAGUGCAUCCAGUAUUGCAACCCAAUCCCAUAUCCAUCUUCCUCCUCGGAAGUCCGAUUGGCCAGACGGCCCCGAUUCACUGCGGCCGCUCCGUCUCGCCCUCUUCGCAAGGGAAAACCCUAGGCUAGGGGACGGGAGCGCAGUCCCACGCACGUCGACAUGGACGCCAUCCGGAAGCAGCUCGACCAGCUCAUGGGCGCCAACCGCAACGGCGACGUGCGGGAGGUCAGCCGCAAGUACUACGAUCGCGACGUCUGCCGCCUCUACCUCGCCGGCCUCUGCCCCCACGACCUCUUCCAGCUUACCAAGAUGGACAUGGGGCCGUGCCCGAAGCUGCACUCGCUGCAACUGCGCAAAGAAUAUGAAGAAGCCAAAGCCAAAGGUACAGAUAACUAUGACCGUGAAUUGGAAGAAACCAUUGAAAGACUAAUUGUCGAGUGUGAAAGGAAGAUUCAGAGAGCCCUUAAACGUUUGGAGGAGGAGGAUGCUAAGGCAGCUAUUGCUAUUUCUGUCACUGAGGUUACACAGACCAAAGAAGUAAUGGAGUUAUCCAAACAAAUUAGGCAGAAGAUGAAGGAUAUUGAUGCUUUUGAUCUUGAGGGUAACACCGAGGGAAAAAUCCGGGCCAAUGAAGAACUUGACAAGCUAAAAGAACAAAGGGCAGAAGAGCAGGCAAAGAUGUUACUUGAAGCUUUUAACAAAGACCGUGCUUAUUUAAUAAAUUUUCUUCAAAAUGCCACUCAAACAACUACACCUGUUCCCCCUGCUGCUCCGGAUGCACGGACACAAGAAAUGAUAAACGAGAAACUGAAAAAGGCAGAAGAACUAGGUGAGAAUGGAAUGGUUGAUGAAGCUCAAAAAAUGUUGGAUGAGGCAGAAGCUCUGAAGAAGCUGAGCACCCGACCACAGGCUGUCCUAGACUCUACAAAAAUGACAACUCAUAUCCAGAUUACUGAUCAAAAGCUACGCCUGUGCGACAUAUGUGGAGCAUUCUUGAGCGUAUAUGACAGUGACCGUCGCCUGGCAGAUCAUUUUGGAGGGAAACUUCAUAUGGGUUAUAUGCUUAUACGUGAGAGAUUGUCUGAACUGCAGGAAGAAAAGAACAAAAAACGGAAGUUAGACCAAGCUGAGUAUGACAGAAGGUCCAGGGAAAGGAGCGGGGAACGUGCCAGGGCUUCGAGCAGGGAUCGCUACAGAGGAGACCACAGCAGCAGCCGUGACAGGGACUAUGACCGCAGAAGAAGCCAUGAUCGGUACCAUGACAGGGAGAGAGAACGAGAUUCCGGGCGGUCUCGUAGUUAUGAUUCCAGAAGUCACCGCAGGUCACGUUCACCAAGGGGAAGUUCUAGGGAUUAUGAUCGAUCUGGGCGUUAUGAACGACGAGAUCGGUACUAGGAGUAAGGAAGCCUCCUUGAAGUUUAGGGAGCUAGAUUGCAUUGCCCCAGUGUUUCUGUUCGGGAAUUCUAACAGGGGGCUUAGGUCCAACUGGAGAAAGGCAUCAGCUCUUUGCAUUAUAACGGAUAGAAUCUGACAUAAUCUAUGCUAAUCAUAUUGUUAUGCUAGCUGGUGUUUAUCGUAAACAGAAUGUUACACCAUGUACUCCCUCAGUUCCAAAUUGUAUUUUACCAUGUAUAUGACAUAAUGUAUAUUUAGAUAUAUGUAGCAAAAGCAUAGUCUAGAAAAGCUAGAAUGACUUGCAAUUUAGAAUGGAGAGUAUCUAUUAUUCAGCAUUGUUGAUUUCUGGCAACAAGUUUUUACUCAUACGAACGCUGAUGUUGUGGACGUGUGACAGCAAUACAUGUCAUGUUUUCUA